AUGGCCCGGCUCCUGGCGUCUCUAGGACUCUUCAUCAGGGUGAACGCCUUCUUCUUCCUGCUCCUCUGUUACCUCCUCUUCAUCCUGCUGGGAGCCAUUGUCUUCUCGGCUGUGGAGCAGCCGAUGGAGGAGGAGCUGAGAGCAGAGGUGGAGGAGGUGUGGAGCUCCUUCCUGCGGGAGAACCCGUGUGUGGAGGAGGAGAAGCUGAAGGAUGUGCUAAGGGGGACUCUGUCUGCUUACCAAAGGGAUGUUCCUGUCCUGAAAGAGGAAGAGGAGGAGGGACACAGCGGCUUCACCUCGUCUCUGUACUUUGUCAUCGUUACUCUCACCACCAUGGGUAAGAUUACAGAAACACUAAACAGAGCUGCGACACCUGAUUGUUAAUAUUCAGAUUCUACAAAUACAUAGUCAUCCAAAUUGAAAAAAGCUCUAAUUCACUCCUCAGUAACAUCUUCCUCCCUCUCCUCCUCCUCCUCCUCAGGCUCUGACUCUUACACCCCCAAAUCAGACGAGGCCAAACUCUUCUGUAUCUUCUACUGCACCCUGGGGAUCCCCCUCACUCUCUUCCUCCUCACCCUCUCCUCUAAUCUCCUCCUCCCAAUCCUCACUCAUGCACCCAUCCACUACCUGCACACUCUGUGGGGUCUACCUCACGCCCAGGCCGCCCUCCUCCACGCUGUCUUCCUCUUUUUGCUCGUCCUCUGCCUCCUCUUCCUCGUCCCCGCCCUCCUGGUGUUCCUUUUGGAGCCAAAUUGGAGCUUCCUAGACUCCCUCUUCUUCUGCUUCCUCACUCUGAGCACCGUCGGUCAGGGGGGAGACGCUCUGGGGAGGACGUGGAGUUCAGGGGCAAAGGAGACGCUGGAGCUCCUCACCACAUGUAAGUGAUGUGAUGAAGAGUUCCUGCAUGAGUCAAUACAGUUGUUUAGAGGAUAAAGUCCAGUACAGAAGUGAUUAAGAGACUGGUGUGUGUCCUCAGGUUACCUGGUGGUGGGUCUGGUGGUCCUCCUAACCUGUAAGGACACCCUCCUGCAGGUUCCUCAGGUGUGUGCGGUGCUGAGGCUCCUCUCUGGUCCUCAGUACUCUGAACUAGAAGGUUUCCAUCUGAAUGAGCUGACCCUGAAUGACUGUGAGGAGGAGCCCCAGUACUCCCAGUCCAUCUGCACCAUCUCCUCCACCCCGCUGCACCUGUCAGGUCCCAGUCCAGACAACCAGACCACUGACAUAGACCUGCACAGAACUAGGACCACAGCAGACAAAACCAGCUGA